AUGUCGGCGUUGCCGACACUGGGUUUCGCCACGGCGGGUGAGCAGACUGCCACCGCCCUUGAGGCGAACCUUUCCAAUCUCGAGAGCAAGCUUGAUGCCAUCCUCGCCGCCCUCGAGGCCAGAGCCGACCCACAGGCGCCCACCUCCGCCACAGCUGCUGAGGCCGAAGGCCCUGUCAAGACUCCUAGCCAAGCAGAUGGCCAUGCGGAGGCAAAAGAGGGUGCUGACAAGGACAAGCACAGGGGCAAGGAGGAUACGGCGUGA